UUGGCGAUACGUAUCGUUCCGUCAGUGCCACUCCGACCACACGUACGCGAACACGACGGCAUCACGACUGUUCGUGUAACAGCGGCCGAACGCGAUGGCGGCGAAAUUGGACGAAACGUUGGCGGACAUGACCGCGGUCGGAGCGUUCGGGCCGGACAGCCUGCUCGUUUCGUUCAAACUGGAAGGGCUGCACACCGAACAGAAUCAGUUCGCGUCGUGCGUGCUGUACGGCUUGGCCACCGUCGACGACCGCGACGGCCGACGCCGCAGCCAUCGGCUCGUGUUCAAGUUCAAGUACCCGACACCCGAGUUACGGGAGUGUUAUAAAAACGACAAUCAAUUCCACAACGAGAUUCUGUUCUACGAACGGAUCGCUCCGUUCCUGUUGGCCAGCGGCUCGCAGCGGAUCGGCCGCGGCACCACGACACCGACGCUCUGCCGUUAUUUUUACGGACGCAACGAUUGCGAAGAACAGGCGCACCGGGACGUGAUUGUCUUGGAAAACGAGACCGUCCGCGGAUACCGGACAGCGGUCACCGGUCACCGAUUGUCUUUAGAUUUUGACCAUCUGAUCGUAGCGCUCCGGGCUCUGGCAAAAUUUCACGGGCUUUCCUAUAAGGCGAAAAACGAGAACAUUGUCGAGUUCAUGGAGAUGGUUGCCGAUGUGAGAGAGACGCAUUGGUCCGAAGUCGGCGAGUGGAUUUUACAGCCCAGCGUACUCCAGGGACUGUUUUCGGUAGCCAUUGAGAGACUUAAAGAACGUCACAUUUCGGGUGAUGGGUGCGGUGACGACGAAGUCAAGUGGAUUACUAGAUUCCAGACAGAAAUGUUGGCCGAUACGAUGAAAUCGUUGAGGCGCGUGGUCGUUCCCACCGAACCAAUUGCUGUCCUGUGCCACGGCGACUUCAACCGGAACAACCUGCUGUUCCGGUACGACGAUGGUGGCCGGCCGGUGGACGCGCUGGCGUACGACUUGGCCACCAUACGGUACGGGUCGCCGGCCUUAGAUCUGUCGUUCUUCCUGUACAUGAACACGGACCGCAGGACCCGGGACGAUCACUGGGACGCGUUGCUGGACGCGUACUGCGAUGCGCUGGCCGCGGCCACCGGCGACGUCUCGGUCCCGUUGCUGGACCGCGAUCGGUUGAACGCCGAAAUAAGCGAAUACGGAUUCCAUGGUCUGGCGCACGUGUCGUAUUUCGCACGCGUAAUGUUGGAGGAACGUCCCAUCAAACAGGAGGUUUCCGAAGAGUUCUUUAACUUCGAUGAACUACAAGUAUUGAACUUGUUGGUAUCAAAUGGCGGAGAACCGGCCACCGAAUGGGUGGCCGAUACCUUUCAACACUUUAUCCGCUGCAAGUACGCCAGAACACCCGCYGCCAAUGAAAACGACAUAUCGGUCGGAAAUUAAAAUAUAUUGCGAUGAAUCGCGAUAACCAUGUUAUCGCGAACCAAUGUCGGCAAACUGUUGUUGGCUGUUUUAUUUUUACUGUUGGUUUCUCGUUAAAAACACUCAAAAUAUUACAUUCUCAGGUCGUGGAAUAAAAUUAUAAUGUUCAAUCAUGUUUUAGAUUUGUUAAAAAAUGAUUUCGGAAAGACAUCGUCAUAAGUGCUUGACGACAUAGGUAAAAGGCUUGCUUCCGCUUUUCGAUUUGUGCGUGUUCAUUUUUAUAUGCCAAACACACUCAGUGUUCACUGUUCAGAGUAUGCUAAUCAAUCACGCUAUUAUUGUUUCCUCUGUUUUCCACCAGAAUAUAUUAUAUUAAAUUUGUGUUCCAAAAUUCCGGCAUGUCGUUGCCGAUUAAAAAAUGUACAUUUAUCAUACAGUACUAUAARACGUUGAUAUUAUCCGUGUUCUAUUGUAGGUUUUAUUCUAUGUUUGUUUCGAUUUUUUAAGUAAAAACAAUUUUAAAUCGUACGAUUGAACUAGCUAUGUAAAGCAGCGACAACGAACGUAUUGAAKACGCUUUUUCUUAAUAGACAGAUUGAAAAAACAAAUUUCCAAUUAAAAAUACCUACCUACCAUGAUUAUCCAAAUCAUAAUUAAUUUAUAUUCUGUUCAUAUUUCAACUGAGGUUGUGAACCUCGAUUUACCAUGGUAUGCGGAAGUUUUUUUUACGUGAAAUUAGAAUACUGCAGUUAUGUUGUCGAUAUUAUAAUGUACCUACCUACAAAUAGAUUUUUUAAAUGUUUAAAAUGUUAUGUAACGUAAUAYAGUGUAAGAAUUGUUAUCGUACAUUGUUUUUGUUAAGAUACGGUAUGUGAUAAUAUUAGRUAAAUUUACAUGCGCA